AUGGAUCAAAGACACAUUACCCUGGCUUUCACUCAAGAAGCUGACUGCCUGGCAUUCCUGAUGAGAGACCAGAUUCUGAUAGAAGGGAGAUAUCCCAUGAGAGUGUUUAGAUGGGCUGUUGGAUUCAGCACAGAAAAGGAGACAUCAUUGGCCUCUGUUUGGGUUAGAUUUCCACUUUUGAGUCUGAACUUAUUUAAAACAGAGGCUUUAAAGCAAGUUUGUAAACCACUUGGGAAAUUUCUUGCCCCUGACAAUGCUACAUUAAACUUUACUAGACCUAGCUAUGCAAGAGCUAGGGUGGAAAUAGAUUUGCUGGCCCCAAGAGUUGAUGAAAUUUUCAUAGGAUUCUCAGAGGACCCUGGACAGGAGGACUUGGGGUAUUUUCAAAAAGUAGUGUAUGAAAGAGUGCCACACUAUUGCACAACCUGCUACAAGCAGGGACAUUCAUCUGAAGUUUGCAGAUUGGCAGGUCAGGGUGGACCUGGAAACAGUAGAAGAGAACCUGCAACUGUGAGAGGGAGACCUGAAGGAAAGGGAGGGAAUACUGGAGGGAGAAUAAGGAGUAGAAGUGGUAAUAGGAUAAAUCAGAAACAAAAUGAAAAACAAGAGGGGGAGAAUCAGGUUGGGAAUACACAGAAUCAGAAUGUAAAAAAAGGGAUAGCUAGUACAUCUGGAACAAAGGACAAAGAUGGCUUUGAGAUUGCCUCACAAGAAGGCACUUAUGCUGCAGUAAGGGAAGAGAUGGAUUGGCAAGAGAUUACAAAAAAAGGAGAGGAAAAGGGGCAGGAUCAGGGGUCACAGAAGCAGUCCCAAGUACAAGUGAAUGAAGAAGAGGAAGAGAAGGGAAAAGUAAAAGAUAGUGUGGUGGAGGGAGGAUCCUUCCAUGCACUAGGGCAAAUUGAUGAAGAGGGUAAUCAAAUUAACUCAAAUGAGAUAGAUCCAGGACCAUCAGUGGCUGAUUCAGAUGAGGGCAAAGAAGGGGAAUUCGAAGGACAAGAAGAUGAAGGCUCAGAAAGGAAAGGGGUCUCAGAAGAAUCAGAAGGGGAAAAUCAGGAAAAUAAGCAAAGAAUGAGGGAAGUGGAGAAGGAAAAAGAGAAAGAUUAUGAUAGAUUGCAUGUUUCACCAGUUGGCACUAGAACAAGAUCCCAUUUGAAUCAGCAACAAUCCCAGGUGCAGGAGCAACAACAGAAACCCAACAAGAGGGGCAAAAAGGCCUCUCCCAAGAAGAAAAGAUGA